AGCAGGCCUGCGCACAAAUUAUGACAUGAACGGGCCGCUGUGCAGCAUGGGUCACUUCAACCUGCUUGAACUGGUCACAAUUCUGGGAAACGCUCUUGUUUCAAAGUUCAACAUCAGGGAGGGGCCCUGCCUCCAGCCCUGCCUCCUGUGCCCCUGUCCAGCUCAUUCGAGGCAGCCCUUUUGCAGAAAAGUCCCCCCAAGAGAUGCUGUGUUGCAAGGCCUUGACGUCAAACAAUGAACGGAGACAGGGCGGAGCGCCCUGAGCGAGAUGCACUUUUGGAGGGGGCGGACAUGCACAUGGAAAGGAACAAAGCGCUGGGAGAUCUGCCAAUGUACAGGCAAAGCAGCACGGCAUCCGCUGUGGCACAAGGCCAACAGGCUUGCCUCUCUCUGAUAACUUCCUGGACCAGCAAGAAGUUUCUCAAUGGCUGUGUCAUCCUAUUCCCCAUGGUGGUCACAUUCUACAUUGCGUGGUGGUUCCUCAACUUCUUCGACGGGUUCUUCUCUCCCCUCUAUGAGGCCACCAUCGGCUUCCAUGUCUUUGGCCUGGGUUUCGUGACCUCGAUGGUUUUCAUCUUCCUGGUGGGAGUUAUCGUAUCGAGCUGGAUCGGGGCGUCUAUUCUGUGGGUGGGCGAGUGGUUCAUCCGCAGGAUGCCGCUCAUCAAGCACAUCUACUCUGCUUCGAAGCAGAUCAGCCAGGCCAUCUCGCCAGAAAACUCAACGGCUGCAUUCAAGGAGGUGGCCAUCAUUCGGCAUCCACGCGUGGGGGAGUACGCUUUCGCUUUCAUCACUUCUACGGUCACCUUACAGACCCCUGACGGCGAGGAGGAGUUGUAUACAGUAUAUGUCCCCACCAAUCACCUGUACAUAGGCGACAUCUUCCUCAUACGAUCUGCGGACAUCAUCCGACCGAAUCUGUCAGUACGGGAGGGCAUAGAGAUCGUCGUGUCUGGAGGCAUGGCGGUCCCGUCGCUAAUCACACCGAUCGAACCAUAGUCACCUUUCCGGAGACUGGUGCCAAGCGGGCGCUUCUAGUUCUCCUCACAAAGACGGGUCCAAGAACUCCUGCGGGCUUUCUUAUCUGCGUUGAGCCUGAUACAAGUCUGGUUCCGUAAUCUUUUGAAGUAUAUAGAUUGGUGACGAUCGCACUCUGUAAGUACUGGGACGCCUCUUCUGUGGUUGCGAGGAUCCACGAAAGCGACUCGGGCUAGCUUUCGAAACCCUGGAACUUGUCUGCUGAACCGUUGAGGGCGGCUAACUUAACAUGCAACAUAGUCUACCGCAUGUGCCAAGCGGUUGCCUAAUCGUCGCACCGGCCAGCCGCCUAGGCGGCAGCAUUGAAUUUCGGAUCGAGG